UGAAUCUGAAUGUUUUUUUAAUUUUUUUUUAAAAAAAAGCUGAAAAUGUUAUGGGUUUUUUUUUUGGGAGAAAGAUUAGAAAAAAAGGUUAUGAUUCUCUCUCUUUUGUGGGGCUUUGGAAUCAAUCUCAAAAACCAGUCACUCAAGCUUUUUUAUUAUUUCCAUUAAUUUUUUAAUCAAAAUUUUCUACUGAGAGAGAGAAAGAUGAGAGCUUUGUUGUUGCUUUACUUUCCCAUUUCUCCUUUUCCUUCUUCCUUUGUCUCUUUCGUCUUUUGCCAUUCCACUAAACACUCACUGCGCUUUCAUUCAAAGUAAAAAGCCAGUGGUUUUGGGCUAAGCUCAAAAACCCCACUCACUCACUACUACACUCAUUGAUAUUACCAUUACCAUCUUACUAUAUUCAUAUUUAGCAAAAAAAAAAACCCAGAUAGAGUUAGGGUUUUUGUAAUGCCAAGAGCUUGAAAAAAUUCAUCUUGUGGGUUCAUUUUGAAGAUUUGAGUAAUGGGUCAAAACCAGCUUUUUCUGGGUUUCACUCUUUUGGUUGUUUUAUUUGGAUGUGUCUCUUCAGCUUCUACUAAUGUACCAGCAAAGAUCGUUACUGGGUUUGUGUCAAAUGCUGUAUCUAUGGCUAUGAAAUCUAUAUGGUCACUCAAACCGACAACAAAAACAGCUAUUACUGGUCGUCCUUUGAUGAAGUUUGAGAGUGGAUAUAAUGUGGAGACAGUGUUUGAUGGAAGUAAACUUGGGAUCGAGCCUUAUUCUGUUGAAGUUUUACCCAAUGGGGAGCUUUUGAUUUUAGAUUCUGCCAAUAGUAAUCUUUAUAGGAUAUCUUCUUCUCUAUCUCUUUAUAGUAGACCAAGGUUGGUGGCAGGAUCUGCUGAAGGGUACUCUGGACAUGUUGAUGGGAAGCCUAGAGAGGCCAGAAUGAAUCAUCCAAAGGGUAUUACAGUUGAUGAUAGAGGCAACAUUUAUAUUGCAGACACUGCAAAUAUGGCAAUCAGGAAGCUUAGUGAUGCUGGUGUUACAACGAUUGCUGGUGGCAAAUGGGGUCGCGGGGGAGGUCAUGUUGAUGGACCGAGCGAAGAUGCAAAGUUCUCUGAUGACUUUGAUGUGGUUUACAUUGGAAGUAGUUGCUCAUUGCUUGUAAUUGACAGAGGAAAUCGAGCUAUCAGGGAGAUUCAGCUCCAUUUCGAUGACUGUGCUUAUCAAUAUGGAACUGGUUUUCCUCUUGGGAUUGCAAUGCUUCUUGGUGCUGGUUUCUUUGGCUACAUGUUGGCAUUACUGCAACGCCGUGUGGGUACCAUUGUCUCUUCGCAGAAUGAUCUAGGCCCCGAGAAGACGAGCUUUACAGCAAGUGCAUAUCAGAAGCCUCCAAAAUCAGUCAGGCCACCUUUAAUCCCAACAGAAGACGAGCCGGAGAAACAAGAAGAGGGGUUCUUUGGAUCGAUUGGAAAGCUAUUGGUAAACACUGGAACAGCUGGGAUGGAAAUUUUAGGUGCAGUCUUUCCUGGCUUUCGAAGAAAACCACCUUUGGACUAUCAAUAUCAAAAUCUACAACAGCAAAAGCAUUUGAAUACUUGGCCUGUGCAAGAAAGUUUCAAUAUACCGGAUGAGGAUGAGCCUCCUUCCAUUGAAACAAGAACCCCAACACCUCGGAAAACAUAUGCUUUCAUGUCCAAGGAUGCUGAAAAGUUGCAACAAUUGCGUCAGAGCCGAGCCUUUUACAAUGGUUGGGACGAUGACCUUCAGCAGCAGAAACAACAGCAGCAACAGCAGCAGCAUCAGCAUCAUCAGCAGCAGCAGCAUCAUAACAUGUACCACUCAUCUGUGCCACAUACUUACUACGAGCAAAAUGAGGAAAAAACCAACGAAGUUGUAUUCGGGGCAGUUCAGGAGCAUGACCGAAGGCGCCAAACUGUGAUCAUUAAACCAGUUGACUAUGGGGCUCCCAUGUUUGAUCAUCACAACAUUCGAUCUAGAAUCAAUUCCAUGGGCUUUAAUAAUAACUAAGGCAGAUGAAUGAAUGAUAUAUAUACAUAUAGAAAUUAUUAGUUUUGACUUAAUUUGGAGCACAUAUAUAGUAUUGAGUAUUAUUGAGCAUGGGUUCUCUGGAGAUGUAGAGGGUCAUGUCUAUUGGGGUGUGAGGUAUACUGAAUCUGUUCAAUGUAAUCAAGGCUGUUAUUCAAAUAUUGGUUCAGCACAUAUAUUAAGGAAAAAAAUCUGGGCAAGCUUGUUUACUUAAAAUGUAAUUUUUAUAGGCUGUUCUCUGCUGAGGAAUCGAAAAAAAUAAACACUAUUAAUAUGCUUGAAAGAGCCUAAA